UUGCUGAGUGGUCCUUCAAGAUGGAGAACAUCUUUGACCAUUAUGAUCUGCUGGAGGUGAUGGAAGGAACGGAGAAGCACCCCGAGAACGACCCGGAGAAGAGCCCGUGGAUGCCGGGGGAGCCUACAAAUCCCAAGGAGGCUUGGGAGGGCCCCAAUGGGAAGGAGUGGAAGAAGGCCUCAGAUGAAGAAAUGGGGAGCAUCAUCGAGAACGACACGCUUGACUUGGUGAACCUACCUCCGGGGCGUAAGGCGAUCUCUUCCAAGUGGCUCUUCAAGCGCAAGACCGACGCCGACGGCAACAUCGAGCGCUACAAGAGCAGACUUGUAGCCAAGGGGUAUCAGCAGCAAGAGAAGAAGGACUACAAUGAAAGGCUGGGAACCAUCUCCCUCUCGAACUCUUCUUGCUAAGUUUGUACUCCUAAGACUAUUGUGGCUGCUAUACCUCCUGCCAGUCAAAC